GUGAGGGAAAGAGAAAGAGCGAGUGAGGGAAAGAGAGAGAAAGAGAGAGAGAGAGAGAGUGAGGGAGUGUGAGUGAGGAUCAUAUUUAGGCUACUGCCGCUCUCCUGUCAAAUAAGCGCUUCACUAAACAGAUCAAAAUGACUAGUCAGUUCGAAGAAGAUAUCCACGACCGGGGAGAAUGUAAGAGUAAAUCGCCCACUCUGCUCUCCUCCUAUUGUAUAGACAGUAUUCUGGGCCGACGGAGCCCCUGUAAAGUCAGGAUGAUAGGGGCGCAAAGUUUGACAGCUCUACCGGGGAGACAGGAGCAAGACAAGCAGACCGAAGGCUCGACUAAAGACCCCCUAUCCCUAGACACAGACAUGCACCUUCCACCAAAGCUGCGCCGGCUCUACGGACCAGGGGGGAAGUACCUGGACCACGGCCGGGGUUUAGUUCACGACCUAGGGGAGAAAUUGGACAAGGAGAGGCUCCUGGUGGACCAAGCCUGCGAGAGCCUCAAAAUCAUCCAGGCUCCACAGGUGAGCAUCAGCCGGAGCAAAUCGUACCGGGAGAACGCGUCCCUGAUCCGGGGAGAGGGAGGCCAGAGUCCCGUUGAAGGGCCGGAAGAUGGGCCUGGGCUAAGGCUGGGCGAGUUAGGGUCGAUGAAGUUUGAGGAGGACGCGGGGAAAGAGGAGGAGAGCUGCGGGGAGGCGAUGGGUCUCUCCCCGAAGGACGACGAGAGGGAGAGCCUCCACGCCGGGGAUGGAGACGUGAGGGACGGCGAGGACAGCGUGUGUCUGUCGGCAGGCAGUGACUCGGAGGAAGGGAUGCUAAAACGCAAGCAAAGAAGAUACAGGACUACAUUCACCAGCUAUCAGCUGGAGGAGCUGGAGAGGGCUUUCCAGAAGACACACUACCCGGAUGUCUUCACCAGAGAGGAGCUUGCGAUGCGGCUGGAUCUCACCGAGGCGCGAGUCCAAGUAUGGUUUCAGAAUCGUCGUGCUAAGUGGCGUAAGCGUGAGAAGGCAGGUGUCCAGACGCACCCCUCUGGACUCCCUUUCCCCGGCCCCCUGUCAGCCGCCCACCCCCUCAGCCACUACCUGGAUGGGGGUCCCUUUCCCCCACACCCUCACCCCAUCCUAGAGUCUGCCUGGACAGCUGCUGCUGCCGCUGCAUUUCCUGGUCUGGCUCAUCCCCAUAGCAGCCACUCAGGCCAGCACCUAGGGACACCGCUGGGCCUCGGAACAUUCCUGGGUACAGCCGCCAUGUUCCGUCACCCUGCCUUCAUGGGACCCACCUUCGGCAGGCUCUUCUCCAGUACAGGCCCUCUGACCAGUGCUUCCACCGCCGCCACUCUCCUCCGCCAGCCUGCCCCGCCCGUCGAGACUCCCUCCAUCCCUCCGCCGGUCCUCUCCAAACCUUCCUCCUCUCCCUCCUCCUUAGCUGCAGCGGAUCGCAGGGCCUCCAGUAUUGCAGCUCUGAGGCUGAAGGCUAAAGAGCACUCUGCUCAGAUCACCCAGCUCAACAUCCUGCCCAGCGGAGCUCCAGGGAAGGAGGUGUGCUGAACAGCUGUUACCCCACCCAGCACUUUCUUUCCUAGGCUUCUGUCCCUCACCUGUCUCCCCUUUCCAUCUCUCAUACCUCUGCAGAUCUGGGAAAGGAGUGGUGGAUGGAUCCAACCCUGACCGCUGAUCUCUGUCCCCUAAACCCUGAUCCUCUCUGGGCUGAUGACCCCUUUCCCAACUGCCCCGCCCCACCCCUUCCCCAUACCUCUUAUCCUCAAACAAAAAGCACGACCAAAUUCAAAGAGCACUGGCAAACCGGAGCACUGUGUGUGUGUGAGAGCAUCAUCAC